AUGCGCAAAUUCGCCACAGUACACGCGCCUCAAGAGCGGGUGUACAAUGUCGUCAACUUUCAGACAUUUGAAGUGCAAGUCGACUUUCUUGAAGAAGCGAAUGGCGAAAGGGCGUACGAACGAAUGAUGCAGUACACUGCCGAAGUAGUGGAAAAUUGUCCAAUUGGGAUCGAGUUGCUCAAGUCAAUGGAAGUGCCAGCCAAGUGGCUUGCACGCCAAGUGACGACUGGAGAAGGAAUUGUAUGGACAGUAGUCGAACCGACAACCGGGCCGACGCUCCUCAACUUCAAAACCAAGGGCGAGCAGUUCCUCGCGACACAGUCGAGCAAGAGUGUCGUAUCGAUAGAAGGAGAUACUAUCGGGCCAACUGGACGCGCCAGGGCCUUUGUGGACUUUGCACUUGGUGAAAGAAGAUUCGAACAAGGAAUUGAAUAUUUGUUCGAAAUGGGUAAAGAUCCCGAUAAAUUCGAAAACGUCGGCGUCUUCAUAUCCUGGGUGAUAAAGGAUGUGCGGAAGGAGGAAGAAUGGCGACUCGGGGAGAAGGACGAGUCAGGAAGAAGUCCAUAUGAUUAUGGCGUGACGAAUGGCAUGGUGAAGAAGAUGGUGAGCGGACGAGCAAAAGCGUGGUUCAUGAAGAGGAUUGAACAUGAGGUUGAUGCUGGAGUGACAAACCAAUCUUGA